AUGCCGGACCAGUUUUCGUACCAAUACCCCUCACCACUGGAGGGGUACGACAUGCUCCCUGCACUGCCCAACGACAGGAAUGAGGACGGAAAGUCGUUCAGGAACCCUCCCACCGGCGUUCUCAGUGGCGCCUACGAUCGAUUCCCAGAUCCGCUAACCGACGGCCGGCGAGGCGGCUUCGAUGUUCACAUAUACCACUAUCAGAACAAUCCCGAGCAAGCCGAAUUUGCUCGAGCCCUCUGGGAGCGUAUCAGACGCGAAUUUCCCGAGCUUCGUAUCUAUGAGUUCUUCGACCGACCAGUUGGCCCGCAUCCAAUUGCGAUGUUUGAAGUGAACCUUUUCACUCCUCAGCAAUUUGGCGCUUUCAUUCCUUGGCUGGUGAUCAACCGUGGACCGCUCAGCGUCCUGAUCCAUCCAAACACCACAGACGAGGAAGAAGAGAGAAACCACACGCAGCGUGCGACAUGGAUGGGCGAGAGAAUUCCCCUCGAUCUGCGAGUCUUCAAGCUGAUGAGACACAACAAGUGACUGAAACUCGAAAGGAACUAAUAAUUCUCUCUUCACCCAGCCGGCUCUGUGCUUCUCUCGCUUAAUGGGUCCUGAUCGCCGUCGAUCUCCCUUGCAUUUGUGCUGGAUGAACGGGGUUGUUCCAUACUCAUGAGUAUCUAUAUCACGAGAGGUCCUUGUACACUACUUUUCUUGUUUCUCGUACCGAACAGCGGUGUUUGCUUUU